CUUUCUCCCCGCUUUGCACCCGCAAGGGAAUCCUGUGAUUGACGAGGGGGCGGGGAGAUUAGCGAUGGCCGGCCAAGGUGGCAAGGUGAGGCGGCCUAAAGAGGAUUUGGCAGCGGAACAAAGCGGCCGUGGAAAAGGCAACGGAAAAUGGGCCUUCCAGUGGCGUCAAAUCGCCUUGACCGGACCUUGGAGGUUCUAUUUUUAGAGGCAAAGUUCAAGCUCAUUGUCUUUACGCUGACUCUUCAUCACCACGGUAACACAAAGAAGCUAGGCUUUCCUGCGCCCCGCCCGUGCGUGACGUCUUCCCACCUUAUAGCGUGCGACGUGCGCGUCCGCGUGAACGAGCACGGUAUGCAUCCGGGUACUUGCGGCAAGGCGGGUAGCUGCGUGGUGCGCACGCGCGUGAGUCUGCUCACCUGUCGGGACCUCUUAUAAUCAAGUAAUUGUUUGCAUUACAGAUGUGUAACCGUUCAACUUCCGCGCGAGUCUCUGGUGGAAAACGCGCACAUCGACGGCAUCUGCACGAUGAAUCCAGCAAGCAGCUCGGACGAUCCAAGCGCGCCAGCUCACGUCGCGGUGUCAACGGCAGGAGGAGCAGGUUUCUCCCCAGAAUCGUACGAUGCAUCUUUCCCCUUGGAGGAAGGCAUGGAGAGGCCCGCGUCCUGCCAGCACGGCCAGCACAUGAUGGACGAGCCCGGCGCGCAGGAGGCGACCCCCUCGUCAUACGGGCCCUUCAUCCUGGUGUCCAAUUUGCGGGCUCACCUCUACGUGGCGCUGGAGAAGAACGCCUGGCUGCAGCGGCGCAUCGAGGAGCUGGAGGAGGAGCGCAACUUCCUGCGCUGCCAACUGGAUCGCCUCAUCGUGGGCGUGCGGGGGGGGCUGGAGGAGUGGUGCGGAGGCACUCAGCGCGGUGUGACGAUUCAGACUGAUGGACCCGUUUGCCCCCCCUCUCCCAUGACCACCCGCUCUGGACUGAUCCGCAAACGCCUGCCGGGCCCUAAAGUCAGAGCGAAUCCUUGCGGCUGGCCCGCAGUUAAGCAGGAGAUUCGCCUGAAGGAGGAAAGGUUCUACACGGACGAGGAGUACCUGGAGGAGCAGGAGGAAGAGGGGGAGGAGGAUGAGGACGAAGGGCAGGACUCUUUGCUGGAGGUUGGUAGCACCACAAGGAAGGGCCGCGGGGUGAAAAUGAGGAGGAUCUUCCGCAUCACGCACAGCAGGGAGAGGCAGAGAGUCAAAGACCCGGAAGGGGUUCUGAUCCGCUAUAAGAAGAUCCUGGGAACCUACCAGCGCGUGAGGAGCAUGUCCCGAGCGUUCCAGAUCCACGGGGUGGACCGCAACACCAUGGCCUCCACCUCGCCCAUCGCUGAGCUCCUGCUGGUGGCACCGGAUAAGAUGGAAGUGGUGGGCGAGUUUGAGGCGGCCAAGGAGAAGCUGCUGGACUACGCCAGGCGCUGCUACAAAAUCAUGGAUGAGCAGACGCACGUCAAAGUGGAGAAGAUGAAGAAGAAUCACAAGCUGCUGCCCAUCUCCUACCGCUUCAGGAACUAACCAGAAGACAAUUGGUUGCACUGAUUUCCUCCAGGCUGUCACAGGAAGCUACUUUAGGGUUUCCUUUCUUUUUAUUUGCACAAACUUUGCUCCAUUUUGUCCGGCUCCAAGUCCAGGACAAAUGGUGAGAAGUGUUAAAGAUCCAUUUGAUUUCUUCGUCAGGUUUGCACGGCACAGGUUGCGUACUUCGGGAAGUCGGAAGAGCAAAGAUGUCGGAAACUGUAUUUAAGUUGUGGGGUCUUCAUCGUCGUAGACGAAUAAAAGCACACGUUAA